AUGAGUAAACUGACCGUCAAAGGUUAUAACAUUAUCGAAAAAAUAGGUACCGGUGCGUUCUCAGAAGUUUUUUUCGUACGAUGUCGUAGAACGGGGAAAUGCUACGCGGCUAAACAUCUCAUCGAUGAGUGCUCUAAUUUGGAAGACGAUGUGGCCUUUUCGGAAAUUCAACUCAUGAAAUCUGUUCCCAGUCAUCCACAUUUGAACAACAUAGUUGACUACGUGCAUGAAAAUAAUCGUUUGACCCUUAUUUUGAGCCUGAUGGAUAUGAGCUUGUUCCAAUACAUGCAGACCAGAGCGCGUCCGUUUUCAGAGAAACGCGUGCGCAAAAUGUUGUUUCAGAUCGUCCAAGGAUUGGAGUAUCUUCACCAAAACGGAAUAUUCCAUCGUGACAUUAAACCGGAAAAUAUUUUGGUGAAAAUCAUUGGAGGUGGAACAACGGACAAGAGGGAAAUUUUACAACUGGCGGAUUUUGGAAGUGUUGCUAGGAUCAUGGAUGACCCACCACGUACUAUGUAUAUAGCAACUCGAUGGUAUCGAGCUCCAGAAUGUAUGCUCACGAUGGGAUACUACGGCCCUAAAAUGGACAUAUGGGCCGUAGGAUGCUGUUUCUACGAAAUGGUCACUCACAAACCUCUCUUCAAAGGCGAGAAUGAAGUGCAAAUGUUGGACGAAAUCCACAAAAUACUGGGAUCUCCGUCAAAAGACAAGCUCUAUCGGUUUAAGAACUUAAAUCCCAAGAAUUUGGGAUAUCAAAAACGAAGUCCUGUGGAUUUUCGAGUGCAUCUUCCUCUGAUGAACGCAUACGGGAUCGAUUUGAUAAAGAAAACACUAGCCUACUAUCCAGACCAGCGAAUCUGCGCAAAGAAACUGUUAAGCCACGUAUAUUUUGAAGAUCUUAUAAAACAUAAAAAAGUAUCCAAAUUUUCGCUUAGUCAUCAAAACCUGAACAUGAUAACGAAUGAGACGAGCUCAACUGCGGAAAUAUCGUCGUUAUCGUGGAGUGCAAGGAAACUUUAUAAGGUUUCACAGGCAUCUAGUGUGGCAAGCAGCAACAUUACGAACAACACGUUUCACUUCCUCUCCAACGAAGAGCAAUAUAGAAAGAAUCGAAAAUUAGAACGUUUUUGGAACAUGAAUCCCAAGUGUACAGAAAAAUGCAAGCCAGCCCAUUGCACGCGUCCAUCCUCAUAA